AUGAACAACCACGGAAAUUAUAUCGUAAGCUUAGGUCAAAUUGCCAAAUGGUUGGCUACACAAGCAGAAUCACUUGGUGUUGACAUUUUACCUGGGUUUGCUGCUGACCAAGUUGUUUAUGCAGAUGAAAAUAAUGAUCGAGUUAUCGGUAUAAUCACAAAAGAUGUUGGUAUUGGAAAGGAUGGCAAAAAAAAGGAUAAUUUUGAGCCUGGAAUCAUGUUGAAAGCAAGACAAACCAUUUUCUCUGAGGGAUGUAGAGGUUCUCUCACAAAAACUCUCUAUGAGAAUGUCAAGUUCAAGCUCAGAGAAAAUUGUUCCCCACAAACAUUUGCACUUGGUGUUAAAGAACUUUGGGAAUUUCCUGAUAAUCAUCCUGAAUUUGACAAGGGUUUAAUUAUGCAUGCUGUUGGUUAUCCAUUGGACUGGAAAACUUAUGGUGGUUCUUUCAUGUAUCACUUUAAUGCGAAUGGAGUGAAUAGAAUGGCCCUCGGUCUAGUAACAGCUCUGGAUUAUGAAAACCCAACACUCAGCCCAUAUGGGGAACUUCAAAAGUUAAAACACCAUCCAUUAUUUAAAAAGAUGCUUGAAGGAGGUAAAUGUAUUGCAUAUGGUGCAAGAACACUCAUAGAAGGAGGUAUUCAAGCUCUUCCUAAACUUUCAUUUCCAGGCGGUAUUUUGAUUGGUGACAGUGCUGGUUUUUGA